CUUGAAGCAGCCAAUCAGAUAAAAGCUUCUGGAACAGAAAACUCAGUGCUUUCAUCAUCAGGUCACUUUUCAGCAGCUCCACCUUGAGGGUGCUUCCCUGUCUAAAGAUGAUGCCUCUGUGGAUUCUUGUCUUAUCUCUUAACAUAAGAACCCAAGCUGUGGAUUUUUCCAGACCAUCGUUUCUCUCGGCCAAACCUGGAGAACAUGUUACUCUAAACUUCUCAUUUGGACAUUUUAAUCCUACUGAAAGUGUUUUCUGGUACAAACAAAAAUUUGGAGAAAUGCCUCAAGAAAUAGGAAAAAUAUUAUCGUAUAAGGACAUCGACAUUUCGACUGAGUUUAAGACGUCAGGAUUUGUAUUGGAGGAAAAAGAUAAGAACGUUUCUCUUAUAAUUCCACAUAUAAAAGACAAAGACGAAGGACUUUACUUCUGUGCAAAAAGUUACCUGGACAAUACUUUUUUAUCCAGUGGAACGUUCUUGGCUGUAAAAGGUGACGGAGAUGCAAAAGUCUCAGUGUUUCAGCGCGGCCUGUGGGACUCGGUCCGGUGUGAGAGCGGCUCUUCUACACACAGCUGUGUGUACAACUUCUCCAAGAACAUCCUCAGCCUCAAUGAUACUGGAACUUAUUACUGCGCUGUGGCACUGUGUGGGAAGAUCAUCUUCGGGAACGGGACACAAACACCGAUAAAGAAAGAUCCAGAAAUGGUGAUCUACCUCCCUGUAGUGGUGGUCCUGUGUGUGGUUGUGAUCUUCGCUCAAGCUUUUAUAAUCUGUAAAAUGAGAUACUGGGAACAAUUUAGAGUGAGAUCUCAAAAAUGUUCUGCAACAGAAAAAAACUCCAGUCAGGGUCACGAUGCAGAGGAGUUGAAUUACGCUGCUUUACAUUUCAAUAAGAAGAAGAAGAAUACCAAGAGACUGAAAAGAAAGGGAAAAGAUGCUGAAGAUUUUUGUGCUUAUUCUACAGUGAGAUCUGCGACCUAGAAAAAAAUCUGUUAAA